AUGCGGGUGGCGACGGAAGGGGUGAGGACGUUGCAUCGGUCGCAGUGGACUUGUAGCUGGGAUGAACGUUUGUGUUUAUCGAACGUGGAGGUAUAUUCUACUGAUUCGAAGGUUAAGAAUCUGGAGACUACGUUGCGAAUAAUAAAGUCUACAAAUCCAAACUGUAGUUACGGGGAGGUUCGUAUUGACAUAGGGAAAAUUAGUCAAUUGCCAAAUCAGAAGUUCCAGUCGACCGUAAAGUUGUCGCGCUGUCUAGAUCCGACGGCGUGUGCGGUGGUGCGUAUAGAACUGGUUUGCAUUGAUCAAGGCGUGAGCAAGCAGGACGAGGAGGUGGGCUUGAUGCAUAGGCGGAAAGUGCCAUCGGCUGCAGCUCCGCCGGAGCUGUCGCCGGUCACGCCGAGUUCGACGAGAAGUCCCCCAAUGGAGGAUUACAGACGACAGCUGAGUCAAGCGAAGGUUGCCGUCCAUGAUCUUCAAGCCGAGAAUGAUCGCUUGCGCGAUAAGCUCCAAGCGUUAAUGACCGAGAGGCACAGCCUAAAGGCGCAACUUGCGCGGCGACGGGAAGAUGACCAAGCCCGUUGUACACAAGUAGAUGAUUACAAUUACGAUUCAAUGAGUAAAGAAGACCUGAUAAGGAAGAUUCAACGGUUACAAUGUUCUAAGGGGUCGAAGGUAGAUAGGACAGCUGAACUGGAGGAAGAGUUGAUAAACACGAAAGUAAAAUUAGCUCAAGCGGAAACGGAGAAAGAAUGCGAGUUCGAAAAUUACAAGCACCAGUGUCAGGAACUGAAGGAAGCUUUGUUGGAGGCCAGUGCUGUGAUAGAGCGGUUGCAGGAGGAAGCUUCGAAGUGCUCGAAGAAGACAAGUGUUCAACGAGCCGCCUCUUUGUUGAAGUUUUCUUGA